CGUACUUGUUUUUUAAACGAAUGGACGUAGUUGAAAUUAGAAUUACAAUUUUAUAUUAAAUUCAAUAUUUUGAAACUUAGUUCUGCUUAUUUAUCUUUUUUUUUACCCCAAAACAUUAUUUAUCAUCUUAUUUUUAGAAAUACUAUGGUAUCAAUGGAGGAACCCGCUAGAAAUUUUCAAGACUUUAUACGAUUUCAACAGCUGGUUGAUUGGCCCAUAAUGCUGGAAGAAAAGUUUAAUCUUACAGAACAGUUAAGUGGCUACCAUUCAGCAAAUGAAAUAGCCGAAUGUCUCCAAAAAGAAGCUCCUUUUCAUAAGGGUAUUAUUACUGAGCUGGAACAAAGGGUUGAGGAAUUGUCCUGUCUGCUUGAAACCCAUGCAUCUAAAAUGCUGUACAGUGAAACACCAACAGAGAAGACUGAUGUACAGCCUUCAGAUAUAUCACCUCAAAUUUUAGGGCUGCUGAAAAAAGCCCGCCAAAAACUCAGAAGAAAGAGUGCUGGAGUCUCACCAAGGAUCAUGAAUAUUAAGGACUGUAAAUACCCAGGAUUUACUCAGAAUAAAUAUAAUGACCUACCUGGACAACUCGAUGUUCUGCUACUGAUGGACUACAUUUCAGAGGCUCAGAAUUUUAAUUCUGGCUUUCUAAAGGUUUGGAAGCCAUUCUUUCUCACUGACUCAUCUGUUGCUGUACUGAAGGAUACCUUUUGGUGGUUUUAUGUUCAUGCAUUUAAGCCUAAUCCAGAAGAUGAAAACAAGCUUUUUGAUCGAAUUUCUGAAAACUUUGUGGUACUCUUAAUGACAGUGCAACCAGAAGUGAAAGACAAAUUGUUUAAGGUGUAUGCAGACUGCUUAGCCCAGGCAGUUUAUUCUGCAUUUCAUGGAGCAUUCCCAGAGUCUCAUGGUCAUUUUGAUGAAGACUUUAAAACUGAACUAACAGAUCUGAUAUCUCACUGGAUUUCAGGAGUAAAACCUGUGCUAUAUUCAUGGAAGAAAUGGAACCUAAACGGGUUGAGUGAAGUGUUAAAUGGAGCUGGAGAGGUGGGCAAAGAACCCAAGAUCCUGUCAGUUACAAGCGGGACACAAUGUCAGAUGGCCUUUAACCUUGAAGAAUUAAUAAAGAAUAAAAGGAAGAUAAGUGUUGUGCAGACAGUGCCUUUUGCUGCCAAGAGAGAAAGUGGUGCUACAACAGAUGUCAAGACAGGGGUCUUUGCAAGGAAAUGGAGAGAGUCUCAUUCCAUCGGUCCUAAUCCAGAGUCGGAACAUGUGCCAUUCAUGCCUGGUGGUCAGAGCCCCCUGGUAGCCCGCUACCUUCAGCUGCACGGAAUCCCCCACACCGUGGGGGGACAGCACGUGAAGCGCACAGAAAUACGCAAGUUACCGCCACUUACGCCAACAUAUCAAGAUAUUAUUGGUGAAACUCAACGAUUCAGGAACAAACUUCAAAAGGAUUAUAUUCAAUUAUGUGAAGAAACCGAGAAGGACAUUGCCGAAAUACAUCAAGAAGAACGUCUCCACACUUUGCAGAUAAACCGGAUGAAAAGGGCAAUAAUGUGUAACGCUACAGAAAUUAAGAUCAAGAGUGAGAUGCUGAUUCAUAAAUGGGAACACGCUGCCUUCUCCGGUAGUCGGCAUCACAGAAAGGAUGAGCGUGAGACUGAGGCAGAAGAGACGAAAAAUGCAGACAGUGAUUCUGAAGUUUCUCCAGGCGGAGGGGAAGAAUAGAGUUUCAAAACUGUUAUGGCACUGCUGAAUUACAAUUAAGCACGCCUUGUUGUUAUUGCCAAAUGGUUUGUGCCAGUACAAAAACAAACAAAAAUAAUAAUAGCAAUAAAAAGCAAAGAAAUUUGGAAUAUACCCUUAGCCAUAUGGCAGAAAUAUUUUAUGACAAAAUCAA